CUUCUUCGUUUUCUCUUAUUUGAUAACCUUUCUUGAAAGCAAAUAUAAUUAUUUCUUACUAUACCUAAGAUGACAAAAUCCGGUGUCAUUGAUGCUGCAUUUCGUUCAUCAAGGUGCAAUGAAGCUUACAUUUUCAUUAAUGAUAAGUACGUGCUAUUAGACUAUGCUCCCGGAACCAGCAACGAUAAGAUUGUGUAUGGGCCUCUUCUUCUUCGCGAUGGGUUUAAAUCACUUGCUCAUACCGUAUUUGGAACUUAUGGAAUAGAUUGUGCCUUUGACACUGAUAACAACGAGGCAUUCAUCUUUUAUGAAAAUAUUUGUGCUCGCAUAAACUAUGCUCCACACUCCGACAAAGACGAAAUAAUCUUAGGUCCUAAGAAAGUCGCUGACAUGUUUCCUUUUUUCAAAGGAACAGUGUUUGAAAACGGAAUAGACGCUGCAUACAGGUCAACUAGAGGUAAAGAAGUUUACUUAUUUAAAGGAGAUAAGUAUGCUCGUAUAGACUAUGGAACCAACAGUCUCAUUCAAAAUAUCAAACGCAUUGCUGAUGGGUUUCCUUGUUUCCGCGGCACAAUCUUUGAAAAUGGAAUUGAUGCGGCUUUUGCUUCUCACAAGACUAACGAAGUCUACUUUUUCAAAGGAGAGUACUAUGCGCGUGUCAGUGUUACGCCCGGUGCAACAAAUGACAAAAUUAUGGGUGGGGUGAAGCGUACUUUUGACUAUUGGCCCUCCCUCCGUGGCAUAAUAUCUCAACAGAACUAAUCGUGACUGGUAUAGUGUGAUGUCAUCAUCAUCAUCAUGCAAUUAGUAUCAUGAAUAAUAAAGUUCGUGGUUGUUGAUAUAUGUUUGGCGCAUGUUAAUUUUCUCCUUUAUUUUAUGUAAUAUAUGUGUGUUGUCGUUUGCUCGAUGUAAUAAAUGUGUGGCUCCUCGAUAUAUUCCACACAUCCAGUGAGUAGUGGCUCACUUCUGCUGUUAUUGUGAACUACAUAAUGACCCCGCAGCAGGCAGGGUAAAAACAAUAAAAUUAUUAGUAUUGAUUUAAA